AUGAAUGAUUCUUCUGUCCUUGUUGAUGACUUCGCAGACCUACACGCUGCUGUGCCCAACUUCAACCUGGUAAAUCGAGCAAGUUUGGACAAGAUCUUGAAAGCCGAGAUCUUCAUCCACACAAACGGACAGUUCAGAGCAGCUCAUUUGAUUUUGGACUACAUUUCGAUCUCCAAAAGCUUUUUGGCGCCUAAGUGUGUCAUCAAAGCUAGAGAUCCUCAGCUGCAACGAAUCAGCGUAGCGGCCCUAAGUUUUCUACUCUCCGACCCUAAUCCAGAAGGCACACAAGCUGCUGAUCCUAUUCCUGAGGGCAUAUCAAAGGUAGCCUCACCACCACCACAAGCCACCGGAGUAGCCACUUCUUCCUGUCUUACCAGCACCGAAGAGGAAGAAGUAGUUGACGUUGUUCAAGCCUCCUUUCGAGCAAAGGAGAUUACCAACUCCACCGUGAAGGCCUCCACCCUGACCGCCUCCAAAACUCAAAUCGUCGCGCUUAAGAAUAAAUUGGAGGAGGCCGAGAAGGCGAAGGUCCAAGCAGAAAGGGCUCGGGAUCAAGCCGAGCAGGAUGGGUACGACGCCAGAGUGGCAGAGACCGAAGAAGCCCACAGGGCUGAGGUCGGGGUUGAGGCUUCAUCUACACAUAAGAAGGCAAAGAACGUCUACUACCCCCCUGCCAUCCGGCGGUCUGUUCCCUCUUUUUCGAGGAUUGAUGUCGAGCCCGAGGUGGCAGAGGUGAGCAAGGACAGCACAACCAACGUUACAACCUCCUCUGCCAACCUCUCCGAGGAGGCUAAGAAGCCCGGGGCUACCGAAAAAGAAAAGAACUCCAAUCAAGUGGUGGCCCCUGAUGCUCUUAAGCCCCCAACUACCUCCCAGGACCCUCCUAUAGAAAAAGAAGCAUCUAAAACAAUGGAGAUUGUCCUGGCUUCUCUGCCUCUACCUGCCAAGUCUGAUCCUGCAAGCAAAGGCCCUGAGGCCUCAGAAGCUGCAUCUGCUUAG